GGGCGGGCGCGCAAAUUGAACGUUUAUUCUGGUAGGUUUGCUUGCUCGCAUGGCCGCCUGUUAGCUGCUGCUUCGUUGUGGUCUCCAACAAGAGCGGUGAGGCGGGUAGUUGCUGCUAGGGUUCGUGCCGAGCAUAUCUUUUUUUUUUUUUGGGGGGGGGGGGGCGCCGUCUGUGCUGCAUGACUGAGGGUACAGUACACAAAUCGGGACCGUGAGCGAGACGAUCGGCGCUCUUCUGCUGGUGCGAUUAGAUUAUUCGCUGCGUCCGAACGAAGCAACCUUGCGAGGUCACAGCGUAGUUGCAGCGAUAUCCUGGCUCGAUAAAGACCCCCACAUCUUGGUCGUGCGACAGCGACGCUUGCAAAGGGCAUACUCUCGAAUUACAAGGGGUGCACAAAGCGUGGAUGAUUCAGCAAUCAUGCCGAAUAGUAUGGACGAACAACAAAAACAAACAACCUCCGACCUUGAGCCAAAACCGUUUACAUGGUUGAAGGAAUUCUCCUACAGGGAGAACCUGGCAGCCUUAUAUGAUGUGCAGUUCCGAAGGCCCUCAAGUGACGACGACCAAUACCUCGACGUCGGUAGCGGACCGGGUAACUUUCUCGCAGAGCAGCUGCUACCACUCCUGCGGCCCUUCGCUCGUGUCGUCGCCACGGAUAUAUCUGAAGACAUGAUUGCAUACGCCCAAAACCACUACCCGGAGGCAAAAGUGUGCUUCGAGGUCUUGGACAUAGAGAACGGAGAUGUUCAAUUCAUCGUCGACAAGUACGGGCUCUUCGACCGCAUCUUCUCGUUUCUUACUUUUCACUAUAUUUGGGACUUGCACAAAGCUUACCGCAACGUCAGUCGACUGCUCAAGGAUGGCGGAGAGUGCCUGAUUGUCUAUUUCACCAGGACUGGCAUCACGGACGUCUGGCACCGAAUAUACCAAAAUGAAGAGUGGCGAUCCCACAUGCCGGACCCGAGCUUGAUGUUCUCGGAGCGCUUCUGCUUCGACAAAGCCGUAGACGAAGAGAAGCUCGUUGCCCUGGAGAAAAGCGCCGUCACGGCGGCAGGUCUCGAAUUGGUCAAGUGCCGGACCUACUCCAGCCUGUGGAAGUUUGCAACCGCUGACAUCUGCCUCGAUGCAUACAUGCCGUUCUUCAAGCUGGACGCCAGGGUACCGGAGGAAAAGCGUGCUGCUUUUUGGAACACUUGGAGACAUGCACUACACGAGGCGUCCAACUCAAACUCCAGCGGCAUCAGCCUCAACCAUGAUGUUCUCAUCGCGCACUCGCAGAAGCUUCCAGCUCCUAUUUAGGCAAUGCAUUCUGUGCGUCCAAUCUUUGCAGCUUUCAACUGCUGUCCUUCAUAUAAUUUUCUUCACA